CAUCUCUCUAUCUGAGAUAUUUAAAAAUAUACCAGAAGAACUCACACCCUCAAGCUAGAUUUUCCUCCAUUUUCCCAGUGAAGAUGGCUCAUAUAUCAGCACCUUCAGUGCAGUGUCAAGUGCGGGUGGUUCCCACGAGCUCCUUCACUGCAAGGCCCAUGACAGCAAAAUUAUGGAACUCUCUUCUGUUGAAUCAGAGAAAAAAGGGAACUUCUAGAAGCUCUGCUAGAUUCAGAGUUCUUGCUCUGCAGUCUGAAAGCAGUACUGUUAACCGGCUCAAAGAUUUGCUUAAUCUAGACAUCACUCCCUACACUGAUAAAAUCAUUGCUGAGUACAUCUGGAUUGGAGGGUCAGGGAUCGAUCUUCGCAGCAAAUCGAGGACAAUCUCAAAGCCUGUCAAACACCCUUCUGAGCUUCCCAAAUGGAACUAUGAUGGAUCAAGUACAGGGCAAGCCCCAGGAGAGGACAGUGAAGUGAUUUUAUAUCCUCAAGCAAUCUUCAAGGACCCUUUUCGAGGCGGUAACAACAUUUUGGUGAUCUGUGAUUCAUACACCCCUGCUGGAGAGCCCAUUCCAACAAACAAACGGCACGGAGCUGCUGAGAUCUUCAGCAGUCAGAAGGUCAUCAAUGAAGUUCCAUGGUAUGGGAUAGAGCAGGAGUACACCCUACUCCAAACAAAUGUGAAGUGGCCUCUGGGUUGGCCUGUUGGAGGUUAUCCUGGCCCCCAAGGUCCUUACUACUGUGGUGCUGGAGCAGACAAGUCAUUCGGGCGCGACAUAUCAGAUGCCCAUUACAAGGCUUGCCUCUAUGCUGGUAUCAAUAUCAGUGGCACCAAUGGGGAGGUCAUGCCUGGCCAGUGGGAAUAUCAGGUUGGUCCAAGUGUUGGCAUUGAAGCUGGAGACCACAUCUGGUGUUCCAGAUACAUCCUUGAGAGAAUAACAGAACAAGCAGGGGUUGUGCUCUCACUCGAUCCAAAACCAAUAGAGGGUGACUGGAAUGGUGCAGGAUGUCACACUAACUACAGUACUAAGAGCAUGCGAGAGGAUGGAGGUUUUGAGGUGAUCAAGAAGGCAAUUUUGAAUCUCUCCCUUCGACAUGAGAAGCAUAUUAGUGCUUAUGGGGAAGGUAAUGAAAGAAGGCUCACAGGAAAGCACGAAACCGCCAGCAUUGACACCUUUUCUUGGGGAGUGGCUAACAGAGGUUGCUCAAUCCGUGUGGGGCGAGACACCGAGAAAAAUGGCAAAGGUUACUUGGAAGACCGGCGUCCGGCUUCUAACAUGGAUCCUUAUGUGGUGACAUCGUUACUGGCCGAGACUACAAUACUGUGGGAGCCAACACUGGAGGCUGAGGCCCUAGCUGCGCAGAAGCUGUCCAUGAAAGUUUAAUAAAAACCCGAAAAAUAGGCAAAAAUGGAAAUCAAAUAGAUGAUAGCAGAGUAGGUAGUAUUGCUUGUAAACUAAACUAGUCUAAGGCAAAGGACUAAGCGUUUGUUUUUUUUACUUUUUGCUGAAAACAAUUUAUUUUCAGAAUUUAGAU